AUGCUGCAGCGGCUGCAGCAGCAGCAGCAGCAGCAGCAGAAGCAGGGGCUCGCAGAGGCCGACAAGCUGCAGCAGCAGCGCAUGCAGCAGCGCGUCUUGCUGCUGCACUUCCUGCAGCAGCUGCUGCUGCGGCACCGCCACGCGCUAGCAGCAAAGCCCGAGCUGGCUUUACAGCUGCUGCGCGCUAAGCGCCGUCUGCUGCUGCAGCCUUUCGACGUUUCGCAUCAGCAGCAGCAGCAACAGAAGCAACAGCAGCAGCAGCAACAGAAGCAACAGCAGCAGCAGCAACUAAACACCGCAGAGGACUUUGUAGCUGAAGCGACUCGGCUAGUGGAGACAGCCUCUCCGCAGCAGCAGCAGGAGAUCCUUUCCUGUCAGCUUAUUUCCUGCAGCAGCAGCAGCAGCAGCAGCAGCAGCGUCGGCGCGCUGCAGCGCGAGCUGUACAGACACCCCAGCUACGCUGUGGGGUUUGGAGCGCCUGGAGACAGCCGAGCUGCUGGCAGCAGCAGCAAAGUGCUGCCAUUUGUGUCUUUGAGGAUUCACGAGGCCUUGCGAACAGCAGAUGCUGCUGCUGCUGCUGCUGCUGCUGCUGCUGCUGCUGAUCAAGACCCCGCAGCAGUCGCCGCUGCUGUUGCAGCUGCUGCAGCAACGGGAGAGUCCUUUGAAAGGCAGCAGCAGCAGCAGCAGGGACACGUGGCAGCAACAGAGCUCACUGCUGGGCAGGCAGCAAUGGUCCUGGAUGCUUUGCUGCAGGUUGUUGCUGUUGCGCUGCUGUGUGGGGAGCUGCGGAGACACCUGAAGGUCUCCGCCGAAUUUCUGGAACGGCUCACCAGGCGGUUCACGGGGGACCUUUGCUGCUGCUUGCUGCCGCCGCCUUUGGUGUCUCUUUUCCUGCGCUCGCUGCUGCAUGCAUGCACUUUCAAGACAACAGAAAAAGGCAACAAAGCUUUUAUUAAAAUCCGCAGGACGCAGCAGCACCCGCUGCCCUGGCUGCACCAGCAGCCCCCUGCUGCUGCUGCUGCUGCUGCGGGUGCUGCUGCUGCUGCUGCUCCGCCUGCAGCAGCAGGCGCAGCAGCGCAGGGACGGUCCCUCGCCCUGCAAAUCGCUUACUACGUUUGUGCGCACGUCUAUGAGUAA